AAGUCUUCGAUUGCAUUUUCCAAUUUUCUUCAAGAAACAAGGCAAAAGAGAAAGACACUGGGUAAAAACUCUGCAAAUUCCAAAGAUCAUUAUCACCUUCCUGUAAAAAAUGGCCAAGGAUCACCCCACUUCUCUGUCUUUUUAGAGUUUUGUUUGAGUAUAGAAAAGCCUUUAAGUACAGCUGCAACUUCAACUCUUGGAACAUUCAGCUCUUUCUUACUAUUAUGUGCAGUAGCAGUGUGGCACUGCCAUGAACAACACGUAAACUUGGCCUAAUUGAAAAUGGGAGGUGGAGAAAAUGGCUACAAUAACUACAACUACAGUAAUAGUGCAUGGGCGCCAGUAGGUGCGCCAUUGAACAGCGUGCAGAGGGAAUUUCACUGGAGACACUUCGACAACUCCGUUAAUGCGGUGUCGUUUGGUUUUGUAGCUACUGCUGUUCUCAUCUCUAUGUUCUUGGUCAUAGCCAUAUUUGAAAGAUUUUUUCGACCCACUUCGCCAAUUGGUAACCCCACGCGUGGUGAUGUUGAAUCGCAGUUGCCCUUUAAUUCCAAGCUUGGCUACCCUUCACCAAAUAUGACUGUAUAUGCCAAUGGUGUUUCUGUGUUGAUGCCUGGAGAUGAUAUCCCAACUUUCAUUGCACACCCAGCCCCAGUGCCUUGCCCUCCUGAACGCAUUUCCUGGCCACACCAUCAACAUCACCCUUUGCCCAAUUCCACCCGUAAUUCAAAUUCAAACUCAAGCUCUAUAUGAGAAGACUAGUACUCAGAAAACUGCUGUGUGCUACAUUUCAAGUCUCGUUUGGUAUAACUGAAGGAAAAUUAUUUGUAAAGAAAAGCAAGUAUGCCGGAUAUGCUCUAGGUGCUGCCUUUUUCUUCAACCUUUUCACCCUUGUGCUAUUUAUGUUCUGUGUAUAGCAUUAGUUAUUGGUGGGUGGCAUGUCUGAAACACAAUAGGCUAGCAAUGAUUCAAUAUUAUUACAUAUGUAAACUAAAUUAAAAAGGCUUAAACAUGUGGGUUAACCAUUAUAAUCAGAUUAUGAAACAAAUCAAAUUUCUGUUUUCAAGCAUGCCAUUCCAUAA